AUGUCCAGGCGUGUUGUUGGUAAGAGUGAUCAGCACAAUAUACGGUUCCGGGGGGAGAAGUCCAGUGACAGAGCACCAUGGCUUCUGACAAAGGGUCCCUCUAAAGGCUGCCUGAUAGCAUGGGGGCGCUUUUUGUGUUUCAGGAGAAGAAUUGAACCCCGGGAGUUCGAAGUCUUCUUUGACCCCAGAGAACUCCGCAAAGAGGCCUGUCUGCUCUACGAAAUUAAGUGGGGCACAAGCCGUAGGGUCUGGCGAAGCUCGGGCAGAAACACCGCCCACCACGUUGAGCUCAAUUUUAUAGAAAAAUUUACUUCAGAGAGGCAUUUUUGCCCCUCCGUCAGCUGUUCCAUCACCUGGUUCCUGUCCUGGAGUCCCUGCUGGGAAUGCUCCAAGGCUAUCAGAGGCUUUCUGAGCCAACACCCUAGCGUGACUCUGGUUAUUUAUGUAUCUCGGCUCUUCUGGCACCUGGAUCAACAAAACCGGCAAGGACUCAGGGACCUCGUCGACAGCGGUGUCACCGUCCAGGUUAUGAGGGUCCCAGAGUAUGAUCACUGCUGGAGGAAUUUUGUCAACUACCCACCUGGGGAAGAAGAUCACUGGCCCAGAUACCCUGUUGUAUGGAUGAAGCUGUAUGCGCUGGAACUGCACUGCAUAAUUCUAAGUCUCCCUCCUUGCUUAAAGAUUUUAAGAAGAUGUCAGAAUCAGCUUACAUUGUUCAGACUUACUCUUCAAAAUUGCCAUUACCAAAUGAUUCCCCCCCACGUCCUUUUAGCUACAGGAUUGAUACAACUUCCUGUGACUUGGAGAUGAAUGGAAUGAUUCCUUGUGGGGCACCUGGGUGGUUCAGCUGAUUGGGCGUCCAACUUCAGCUCAGGUCAUGAUCUCACGGUCCGU